CAAAAUACCAGUAAAAAAAGCGCAAAAGAAAAACACAAAAUUCUCUCUUAAUAUUAUAAAUAUAUCCAAAGAGUGUGUGUUGGAUGUAAGAAACGGACCUCCCUCUCCAUGUCUGACCUUACCUGCUUCGCUAUUGCUUUUGGGCUUCAUAGUCGCCCCACUAGUUAGAAAUUCUUGGUGUUGCUGCCAAACGAACGAAAGACUUGCGACUUGUUGGUUGCUGAUGGUUGGUGCUCCGUCUCUACCAUGGGGGCUUUUAUAAAGUGAAUCGAGUGUUUAUAGUGUGGCUCAAAUGUGUAAUUGUGGACAGGUAAAGGUAUGAGUUGUACCUGGAGUGUAUUGUUAGUGCCUGACUCUCACUACAUAGUGUUAUCUUACUCUUGCUUAUGCUGUUUAGUGCUGUAAGAAGCCGUUGCUAGUGUUGUGGAUGGAUACGUUUACAGUUUACGGUAGUUUGGCAUCCACUCAACUGUGGUUACAAUUGUGCUCAGUGUUAUAAGAAUUUUGUCUCAAAAAAACUUUGGUUAAAAGUCACUACUUCUCUUUGGGAUUGCAUUAAGCAACUGCAAGAAAGGAGCUAUUAAGCUACCAAUUACUCUGAAAUGGAAUUAAUCUUAAGGAAUAUGUCAAAGAAACCUGUAUAAGAUCCUCCUAAGUUUCUUUGUGACUCAAAUCGGAGUGAAGUGAAGUGAUAGAGAAAAAGAAUUUAAAAUACAGAAAAAAAAAUAUCAAGGGAGUUCAUUUCGAAAGUGUGAAAAGAUAUAUAAGAAUAUAAAGAGAAAUAAUAUAUAUAAAUAUUAAAUGGGACAACACACCUUAAAAGUCGAGAGGUGCUCACACAAGUAGGAUAUACUUUGAUCUCAGUGGAAUGUGACUGGAAAGAUGUGAAAUUUCUUGAGCAACAAAUUCUGCAUGCUUCUCCUAUGGCCAAGAGAGAUCUUUGGAGUUCAUCCAGCAAGAAAAAUUCAUCGGUGGCCUUUUUGUGGUUGAGCGUCAUAAAUUGGGGAACUGUAGCACUCAGCAUUGGGAGAUAAGAGAGCAUUAAAUAGGCCUCAGCAUUAUGGACCAAUUCAGCUUGUUUGACAUGAUGACAGCCAGAUGGGCUAAUUUUGAUUCACAAGAGAGUCAAUCACGAAUAAUCUUGGAGCCGAUUCUCGAGGAGACUUCUGACGAUGACGAAGAAACGAAAGAACUGUGGUCAAUAUCGCAGUACGAAACGAGCUGGAGUUCAUCAUCAGAUACAGGAUCCGUUAUCAAAUUGGACUCCUUCGGACAGGAGGCUGAUUGUAUAUCUGAAAGGGAUUUUCUUUGUCCGCCAAAACGCCGAAGGCACGAGUGGACUGAUGUUCUGGCAGAGAGUACGCCGAAGAGAAGUGGGAACAGAGACGUGACUGGGCAGAAAAUUCGCUUGGACGCUCUCCUCGAUGAGCCAGAUUUUCACAAAAGACGAUUUCGCAUAGAGGAGAAUGCCCAUGACUACAAUUCAGACAGCGAGAGCUCCCUGAGUAGAACAUCAUCUCUCAUCCAAUUUGAGUCACUGGAGAAGCAGCUUCAGAGUGAGAGUCAGCUGUACAGUUCCUCGCCACUUCUAUUUGCGUACGAUACCACAGAUAGUAAAUAUAACUCAUCACCUUAUAAGGGGCCACAGCCAUUGGAUGCGGAUAAGGUGAAUCCCAAUGUGACAACUGAUAAACUCUUCUACACUGAUAAGGCCUUCAAGACAGGGAAUUUUCCCUACUAUACUAAUUAUCUAUCGGCAAGCAUUGAGUCGGAUUCGUUGAUUGAAACAGGGGCCACAAGUAAUGAGAGUGAUGACAGUAUUAAAAAGUGUUCCUGCACAAAUAGAAGUGUUGGGGAGGAGAUCACCUUGGUGGGUCAGAGGGGAAAGAGUUCUUUGGAGAAUUUGAGUGAGGAUUCGGGGUAUUGUGAGCAUUCUAUUCAAUUGCGUCAGAAGAUUCCACUAAAUUCGGUGGCUGGACCAAAGUCGUGCCGACGUCCAGUGUCUGAUCCUACAAAUGGCGGAUACGCCAUGUAUUUGAGGCACAGUUCAUCGCCAUCGAAUGGCGAUGGGAGGAAAGUUGAUGGGAGUUUGUGUGAGGAAUGUGGUGCUGGAAAGGAGUUGGGAGAUCGAGGGGAUGUGUGCAAGUGCAGCAAAUUGUGCAGAGAUGAUGAUGAGAUUGCCUUUAGAACACCAAGUGGUGUGUACGUAAACAGUCUGAAAAUAGGCACGAUGGAACCGGCAAAAACUUCGGUGGGAGCCGAUGCUAAAAAUACAGGGAGGAGGACCAAAAGUCUCCUAAAGACAUCAUCACAUAGUCUGCCGAAUAUUUUUUAUCAUUCUCACAGUGAUGCUGAAGAUAGAGGUGGAUUUUGUGUAAUUGGUGAAAAUUUAGAAUCAUCUUCGAGAUACGCAAUUGGUACUUCCGGCAAGGUAGCUGCCAAUAGAGAUCCCUACAGUGAUUUUCUCAAAGUAACAAGUUUUCCUGAAGGUCUCAAUAGCUAUGAGAGUAGUGAUUCUUUCGAUGAAUUAGAUUUUUAUAGUGGUGAUUCAAUUAGUGGUUCAAUAGCUCAGCAAAAUUUGGAUUUGAACAAUUUGAGAUUUGCCAGAAAAUCAAAAGGUCCUCAGAUUGCACAACCAAAGCCCAUUAACGUCACUGCGAGUUGCAACAAUUUAACAGCAUUGGAUUAUUCUGAUCACGGUGGGAAGAUCAAGAUGGCAGACUAUGGGAAUAGGAGAAAACUGCCAAAUCCACCGAGGGCGUUUAUUGAACGUCCGGAAAUUACGCUACUCGAUGAGAUUUCGUACAAUUUUGACAGGAAUUUAUCGAUUAUGAAUGAUCAGAGAGAUGACUAUGAACCCCAGACGCCGGAGGAGAUGACAGUGGGUGUAUUGUGUGUAAAACCACCUCAGCCACCGCCACGUGCUGGUAAAAAGCCCAUUUUGCCCAUUCCCACGCCCACAGUACCAGCCAAGACGCUGAGUUUGUCCAAAGACAGCCUCACCUUCGAUCGUGAUCCCACGAAUCUGGUGACAUGCUAUGCCGCCAGCCUCGAACGAUGCAAUUUUCCCCUGACAGACAGCUUCAGCACAAUUCCCCAAGUUUGCGACAGUGAGAAUGAAUUGCCAACUUACAAGUACAGCUUCACAGCGACCCAGCACAGAGGCCUGAUCUUGAGCACACCCAAUCUGUCGUCAUUUGAGUGUGCAGCAGGCAAGAGAUCAAGUGUGACGGAUGAAUUGGCCGGCUCGAAGGGUAAUGGAGAGAGUGGCGAAAGUGGCGAAGGCAAAAUACCGGGAAUUUUAAAUAGCACAACAUCCAGAGGAUCACUCUUCAAAGAGGUCAGUUUUCAUCCCAUUGUCUCGGAGAUCAGCUGGAAAAAUCAGCAUUCACAUGAAUCAGAGUCACAGGAUGAUGAUGAUGAUGAGGAUGAACAUGAUUCAGUGGCAGAAGAUGCUGAUGAUGAUGAUGAUGGUGAUGACGAGGAGGAGGAAGAGUAUGAGGAGCCGAAAAAAGUGAGAAAUGAGUGCGAAGAGGCAGCUAAUAAUUCUCCAAGUGCCGAACAGCAGAACGAUCAGUGUCACGUGACCAUGGAUCGUGUUGUGGUGAAUGUGUUGCCGGAAAGAGACAGUGUGAUCAUGGAUAACGUGCCCAAAGCAGACGAACUGAGUGCUGGAAGUGCUGUGGACAGUGUUAGCGUCAGUCGGAAAAUGGUCGUGAGGGAAGAGACAACGCACAGUGAAUGCAAGACAAAUGUCAUGGAAGUGAAUAAUCGGAGUGUUGUGACUAUCACUGAAAAUAGUGUACCUACAGUGAAGACCAAGGAGAAGAAGCGAAAGGGUGGCUUCUUCUCCAGACUCUCCAAUUUUCGCUUUUCCCUGAGGAAUAAAUCCAAAAAUUCCGCCAAAAAUAACAAUAACAAGAGUGCAGAAUCAGUCGGUGAUUCAAAGGGCAGCAGAAAGGGUGGGAAAAAGUUGGAUGGGGCUGUGGAGACAGAAACAUCCAGGGAUUUCAUCUAUAUCCCCCUCAAAGAACCAAUUGUCCGGAGAGAUGAGUUUAGUAGGGGCAAUAAUGAAAAUAGCCUGGGAGGUGGGAAUAAACUUGAUGACUAUCAGCACUCACCGCGAGGCAAUCAGAGGAGUCCAGUAGGUGUUGCGGGGGGUGUGGGAAACGGAAGUGCCAGUGAUUACUAUCAUGGUGUCGGAAACAAUAUAGUGCACUCAAAGCCACCACUGCCAAAGCAACCCCCACGUGUUGUUGGCGUUUGUGCAAAGCGCCAUGGGGACAAUACGCAUGCACCCAGGGCGUCAUCCACCCCACGGGAAAUCGAUGGCCAUCGACGGUACACAGAGGACCAGUAUCACCGUCAUCAGCGUCCCGGUACCACGAUGAUCAGUGAAAAUAAAAUUGGGCUCAUUGAGACGAAUCUCGAUACGCAUGAGACAAUUAUCACCGGCAAAACUAGGAGUCUCAUGGAGUUGGGUACCCAGCGUCUGACCCCAAAUAAUGUCCUCACCAGUGAAAUUCGCAAAAUGCCUCCGGAUGAACCCAAGAGGCCACACAAGAGCAUGGAAUUUUUGCUGGAUAAGGAAAAUCAGCGAUAUACUCUGCCACCAGAGAAUGAGCUGCAGAAGACACAUGAGACGCCAUUGAGUGAGCACCAGUUGAGAGUACAAGCUUCGCUGCAGCGACUAAAUAUUCCAGACUGGUACAAGCAGUACAACACAACAUUGAAACCGGUGGACAGGACAUCGGGGACAAACUAUCGAAAACGAAAUACUGAAUUUGGCAAGUGGGCGGGACUGAACUCAAAAACCACAUCCCUGAGCUCCCUCGGGUCACAGAGGGCGGAUAAGGGAUCACUGCUCUUGAGUCCAUCUUCCCACAGUCAUCAUGGCAAUACAGGAUUUUCAAGAUGGUCAACAUCUCACCUCAAUUCAACACAAACGUCCCCCAGCAUAUCCGGUCGAAGCUCAUUCUCACGCGGUACCAUCAAUAGCAACUACAUGUCUGGGCACUCUUUUAUAAAUCCAAAUGUUGGAACUAAUAUAAGAAGCUCGUACAGACAACCAUAUCUUGGAUGGCGGAGUCAGGAAAAAUUGGCUCAGCCACGAACUCCCGCCGAACGACUCGCAUCAUCGCUACUGAGUCAGCAGCAGCAGGAAAAGAAUCGACAGCAAAAGUCAGAGACGGAAAAUGAAGAAAUUCAAACAUCCAUUAAGGAAGUGACUUCAGCCAUUGUUCAUUAUGUAAAUGAUCAGAAUAGUCGAAAUUCAAGAAGUCGAUCAACUAGUCCGAGCCUACGGAAGUGCUGGCUUGAGAGCUCAUUUGUGGGCAUCGGACCAGUGGAUCAGAGUCCCCAGACGCCAACCAUCGACAGAAGCUUUUCAGCUCAACAGCAUCAAAUCAGUAGAUUAGCCACUAAUUCCGCUCAUGUCAAUGGAGUUGGUGAGUCUGCAAUCUAGACAUGAAAAAAAAACAAUCAAAAUUGUUGUGCAUUAGAAAAGUUUAGGAUCGAAAAAAUAAGGUGCAAGCUAUUCAAUAAAAUAGAACACUUAACUUUUUAAGAAGGUGUUCUGAUCGUUAUUCGUAAACGAAACACGAAUUUGCGGUAAAAAUGAGUAUUUUAAACACGUGUUGUUUGCAAUUUUUACUCCGAUAUUUGUUAUUAGUAAGAUAUUUUUCUUUUUUUAGAUAAUAUUGUCAUCUAUACGCUAUAAUUGCAUAAAAUUAUUGCUGUAAAAUCUCUAAAUUAUCUAGUUUGCUAUUAUUUUUUUUGUAAUUCAGCUAAGAUUAUCUCUGUAUUAUUUAUGAUUUAAUGUUUAUUUUAUAUGAGUUUUUCUUAAUUUUUUUUUGUUCAUAUAGAAUCGAAAAUGUCUUAUACGAAAAAAAUAUGUAGCAAAAUUAUGCUAAUCUCCUGGAAGAGAAAAUCGAAUCAAUCAUCCAAAAAUCAACCAACAAUAAUUUUAAAAAAAGGAAAAAUAGUUAAAAACGAAAUAUAAAAUCACAUUCCAAAAUUUACCGACCUUACCGACUCACCAAAUGAGAAGAAAAAUUAACAUUUUCGAUCAAUCUACUCUGUGUACAUUGAAAUCAUUAUCACCACGAAUUUAAUUAUCAAAAUAGAUAAUUAAUUACAGGAGCCAAUUAUUAAAAUAAUACUUAUUUGAUUAUUUUGAGAAAGAAGGUGCUUGCGAAAACAAUCAUGUAUCUUUUGAUUUAUUUUUUCAUUAUUUGUAAUACGAAAUCGUUAUUAAUUUAGUGUUAUGUAACAUUCUCUAAAUGGCAUUUAUUCUACUUUUUUUGUAGUAAUUUUUAUUUAAUCUCUCUAUUUUUUUGUUCUUCAAGUUAUCAAUUCAAGAUAUAAUUUGAAUGUAGAAAAAAAAAAGAGUAAGGAUAGAAUGAAAAAAGUUAGAAAAAGUAAUGAAAACGAAAUAAAGAGUGUUAAAGUGGUGCGCAUGAAAAGCUUAUUAUAAUUUAAUUUCUCUUUUCUUUAGUUUGUAGAUAUUUUAUGUUAAAUUUCAUAAAUAAAGAAAAAAAACAUACUGAAUUAUCAAUAAAUUUGAUAUAUUAUAUUA